AGAAACUUGUUCACUUUUUUCAUCAGUUGUGCUCCGAUCACUUUAAAAAAUACAAGUAACACUUCAAACAUGAGAUACUUAAUAGUCUUCCUUGUUCUGACGAUUGUUGCCGUCAAUGAGGGUGACGGGUGUGGUGACAACGCAAGUUAUAAUGAAUGCGGAAGUAUAUGUGCACCGUCAUGCGAUAAUCUUAACCCUAAAAACUGCCCAAGAAUUCAAUGCACUAAGUAUACAGCAGGUUGUCGAUGUGACAAAGGAUACGUCAAGAAUGGCGAUAAAUGUUCGUUACCGCAGAAUUGUCCACCACCAUGCAACUAA